AGCGGCUAGCUACCUACCAAUGCCGAAGGCACAAUAAAUAUUUAAAGAACCUUCCCCAUACUCUCUGUUGCAAAGGCAGUUAAAGAAAGGAAAAUGAAGGCAGAGAAGGAUCAGUUCAAGAAACGGUUUUGGACAAAAGAGGAAGAUAGGAUUUUAAUGGAGUAUAUUAGAGUAAAUGGAGGAGGAAGAUGGAACCGCAUUUCUCAAUUAACAGGUUUGAGAAGGUGUGGAAAGAGCUGCAGAUUAAGAUGGCUGAACUAUCUAAGCCCUAAUGUCAACCAUGCUGAUUUCUCUCAAGAGGAAGAUGAUCUUAUUAUUAGACUCCAUAACCUCCUCGGAAAUAGUUCUAAAUACAGGUGGUCUCUGAUAGCCGGAAGACUGCCCGGAAGGACGGCUAACCAAGUAAAGAACCAUUGGAAUUGUCAUUUGCGCAAAAGACUUGGCUUAAAAAAGCAAGCAAGAAAACCAGUCAUUAGGUCAUCAUCCAAAACUGAAAUUCAAGAAAUUAAUAACUCCGGUCAGUUUCUACAAAAUGGCAAGGCUAUAAUAAAUAAUGAAGACCCUUUUGGUGUCGGUACUGAUUCUUCCAAUGGAGGAGAAGCACAGCUUCAAGUUGAUGAUUUAUCAUUAUUUUAUAAUGAUGAUGAUUUUUUCAAUUUGAAUAGCCAGAUUUAGUGGAUUUUUUCAAUUAAUUUCAAA